AUGGAAGACACGUUGACCGACAAGUUCAUAUCAAUUCUCAAGGAUCGAGAUAUCCCAGUCAAGCAAGAGGUGAUUGGGUCGGCAUUUGAGGAUGACAGCAUUGCGCAAUGGGCGUCCAAGCAUCUCCGCCCUGACACCCUGCUAUCAAAAGAUGAGCUCGCGUUAUAUCUCAAGCUCGAAAACUCCGGCGCUCUUCAGCCUAUUCUCAGUAACCCAGACCUCGGCGCAACACGACCUAUCCUCGAAGACGAACUCCGCAACGCGAUCGAGUCCCUCGAGGCCUCAACGGCAACAAUUCAGAAACAGACCGAGACUUUGAAGUUCCAAUGUGCAAGCCUAAAUAAGCAAUUGGGUCUGGAAAACAAUGUGGAGCAGCAGCGGAGCCGGGAUAUCGCUCGGCUGCAAAAGAAACAUGAAGCGGGGAGGCAAAAUACUACAAUGGCGGCAAUGGAGCUUGCCGAUGAGUUGGAGGCCGAUUUUAGAACCGCGACGGACAAGUCGGGCGUGGAAAGCAAGAGAAUCCUCGCUUCUCUGUCUACCCGGUUAAAGCAGGACGACAAGGCGCUCGCGAGUCUGGAAACCCUCAUGUCCAGUAUCAAGUAUCGUGGGAAUGAUGCAUCUACGGUCAAGCGCACGAACCAUCUCAGUACGAUACUGUCCGAUUACGUGGCGGAGGAAAUACACUACCGUCUCGAUCGACUAUAUCUGGAAACAAUUCAUGCAGGCGGCUCAAACGCCGACGCUAUGGAUGGGGCAACGAGCACUGCCCUCGAGGAAGAACUAGAAUCUCUGUAUCCAGAGAUCGAAAUCUUGGCAGAAAUGUCGACCAGGCAGCAGUUCCAUGAGCCUAUCCUCCGCGCACUCCAGAACGAGCAUGAUCAGCUGCGAGUGGCGUCGCAGGAGAAACUAGAACAGGCACUCGACAUGUUGAUCGAGAUGACUUUGUCAAAGCAAGAUCUCACAAACCAACUCGGGGUCCGGGAGUCGUCCUCGGAACUGUUGGAACAGCUAGCCGCGUUAUAUCAAUCCGAAGCAGGCAGCGAACUCGUCACACAGCCAUCAUCCCGACGAGAGUCCCUGCGACGCCGAUCGUUACAACCAGGCCUCCUUCUUGCCACCCGCACGCCCACUGCGCCUGUAGUUGCCCAACCAUCACUCGAAAGACUUUUGAGGCGUGUUGGUGUACCACCAGAAUCAAUACUCCACCCGUGCGAGAAUGGGGGGGUUGAUGACCUCCAUGAGAAGCGAUAUCACAUUGCCGAAACACUUCACACCCUGAAUAUAGCGGUGGAUGCUCCCCUGGUGACUUAUUUGGCACCGUUGGAUAAUGCAUCCCAGCUUCUUCGUUGCUCAUUGCAUGCCAACUCUCACUAUGAAACAUCACUGCGCGAUCCUUUGGAGGAGUUAGCGCUCUCGAGCCUCGAGAAAGAACUCACGAGUCUUCAAAAUGGAGUCCAGAAGCUCAAUUUGGAUGUUCUCCACCAGCGUGAUAGCAAUCAGGAUAGAUUAAUUGAGAGGUGGACAUAG